AUUGUAGGAGGAUCUCGUCACCAAAGCAUUUCUCUGGCGAGAGUGAUGAGACGUUGCGUUGAGAUAUCGAUCGUUGUGCUGCUUUGCAUAGCCGAAAUAGUGGCGGAUUCCUCGCUUGUGAGUUACGAGAACAUGAUCAUGAAGGAAGCUUAUCACUUUAAGUAUGAAACCAGCGAUGGACAGAUGAGGGAAGAGAUGGGAAUCCUCAUGAAUCCUGGCACCCCCGCCGAGGAGCUCGUCGUCAUUGGCUCCUACUCGUACAACAGCAGCGACACAAUGCACAUCGUUAUGUACAGAGCCGAUCGUCGCGGCUACGCGCCAAAAGUCUUGAUCAUGAGCAAGAAGUUCUCAUCAAAACCGCUGGACCGCAACGUUUUGCUCUCGCUGGUCGGCUGAGCGGCAAGAGCGAAUGAUCAGAAAUCCGUUCC